AGAGAGAGAGAGAGAGAGAGAGAGAGAGAGAGAGAGAGAGAGAGAGAAGAAAAGAGAAGUUGGGUUUACAAUGCAGAUUUCUAUCAAGACAUUAAAGGGAAAGAGCAUAAACCUAGAAGUCGAAGAUAGCUCCAACACUAUCGACGUUAAGAUCCAUGGGGAGCCGAUGAGUGAACUGGUUUUGCGACUGCGUCCUUCGGGUCAGGGUGAAGCAGCCAUGCGUAUUUUUGUAGUGACUCUCAACGGCAGGAACCAUACCCUUCAGGUUAAGGGAACCGAUACCAUUGGAGAAGUCAAGACUAAAUACUUUGAGAUUGAUGGCACUCCAGUGGACCAGCAGAACAUGAUACUUGCAGGCCUGGCUCUUGAGAACAGUUGGACAGUAGCUGAAUGCGGCAUCAGGCAUGAGUCGACCAUUCACUUGACUCGACGUCUUUGCGGUUGCUAAAAUUUCUCUCUUUUUUUUUUCCCAAUGUUCUUAUCAUAUUAUUCUAAGAUUUGGUGUUCAAUUUAUGAAAUAUUAUGUUUAAUUUCUUCUCAGACGUGACGAAGGAAAAUAAUUUCUACGUUAUUAUCUUCAAUAGACUAUGUUGAAAAAAGAAGUUUUAGACAAAAAAAGAAGUGUUUUAAAAAAAAAAGUCAAUACCCUGAGAAUGAAACAUGUAAGGAUGAUUUAUCUCGUAAUACAUUGUUAUACAACACACAUUUUAUUUUCGAAUGUACUUUCAGUUGUAAACACACAUUUGAUUUCGAUAGCUGUGACCUCCUUGUUAUCACGAAACAAGUUUUCAGUGGAGAUCCAGAGUUCUCAAGAGGUGAACUUUGUCUUUAGAACCGUAUGGAGGAUAGUUUCAGAGAUAGUCUCAUAAAUCAACAUCUUUACGAGUCUAUCUCGUUCUUUCCACUGCUUUUCGUUUGGUGGUGUUGAAGAGGAACUGCCGUGAAGGUCAUCAGCUAUACCAAACGUGAGGCAAUGUAUUUUAAAAAGCUCUCUCCAUGUGUCAUAGUUGAACUUUUGCAGAUCAAGGACAAUUGUGACAUGCCCCCGAUAUGUGUGUGUGAUCUUUAAAGGUUUAUCGUUUGUAUCCAUAGGCAAUGAGAGAUAAGACUGAGUUUAGGAGAGAGAUAGAAUAGAGAGAAGAGGAGUCGAGAACGUGAGAAAAAUGGAGAAAGUGAGACUUGAGAGAAGAAAUAAUUGGCAGCUAGAGUUUUGCUUACUCUAUAAGUUGGUGUAUAAUAGGUAGAGCUCAAUGCCCUUCUUAUGUUAUUAAGGAUUCUAUAUAUAGAUUUACAUAGGAAAUCCUAAUCAUGUACAUGUAUAUAUUUGUAUAUCUUUAUAUAGUCUAACAAAGAUUACAUAGCUUCUUUUGGAUCAUUCUACAUUAUAUUUUCGCAUCUAUAUUCAUUCCGCCCAAGGUACAGAUCUCCACCUAGUUGUUUUUAUUCUAACCAAAGGCAGUUAUGAAUUGAAAUUAAAGUAUACUAGGUUUAAAUUGCGGGUGUUAGUUUUUCAUAAAUUGUUUAAUGACGUUUCUAAACACAUAGUUUUUUUUUUUUUAAGUUCCUACACAUCAGAACUCAACCCACCCAGAUCUGGAAGGACCCGAUUCGAAUCCCACCCAAAAAUUUAUAAAACUCGAGUGGAGCUUAAUCUCAAAAUCCAAAACGCUCGAUACCUGAAAGAACUAAUUUGCACCCGAACGGAUAUCGUAAUAUCCAUACCUAACUGAUUAUGUAAAAAAUAAAAAUUUCUUUGUUAACUUUUUGAAUUUUUGUCACGGGGGAAGAAAAUUCAUUCAAGCAUGUGAAAUUAUUACAGUUAACACGAUGUCAAAUUAUUAUGGUAAAACAAUUGAUUAAGUAGUUAAAAUAUAAAAACAAUGUAAAAGAUAUAAUAAAACAAAAAAAAUAGGUAAGUUCUGCUUUUAUUUCUAUAAUAAAUAUUUUCAAAUUAUUUGGAAAAUAACAAUUAAUGAAAUAGUUAAGAUGAAUUAAAAUAAGGAAAGAACAACAGAUCUAAUAAAUCUGUUGAAAAUAAGAUUAGUUCUAUUUUGUACUCCAAUUUUAAUAAUAUAAAUAUUUUUUGAAAAAAAAUAAAUUUAAAUAAUUCCUCUAAAUUAUAUAAAUUUUUAGAAAGAAGAUUAUAUAAUAUAAUGGUUUCAUUUUUAAAAAUAAAGAAUGAAGUAUGAUAUGUUUUUGAUUGUUUGUAUUAUGCACAUUGUUUUACUGUUAGUAUUUUUUUUAUAGAUAUACCGUUAGUAUUUAGAUAGGUAGUGAAUGAUGUUUCACUUUUCAUUAGAAACAAAAGAAGUCAAGUUUCUUAAUUUGUGUCUAAGACUUUUAAGUAUAGUUUCUUGCAAAAUUCGAGAAAGAAAAAAAGUUAAGUUUCUUAAUUUGUGUAUAAAACUUUUAAGUAUUGUCUCUUGCAAAAUUCGAGAAAGAAAAAAAGUUAAGUUUCUUAAUUUGUGUAUAAAACUUUUAAAAGAAGCCGAAGGGCUGCCUAUAGUAAAUGUUAUCAUUGGGAAAAUGUAAAGUUAACAGAUAAUUCAUUCCCAAAGAUGUAAGUAUAUAAAAAGAAAACCCCAAAGAGAGAAAGGAGAGAAACAAUGCAGGUAUAUAAAAAGAAAACCACAAAGAGAAAAAGGAGAGAAACAAUGCAGAUUUCUAUUAAGACGGUAGAGGGAAAAAGCAUAAACCUAGAGGUGGAGGAUAGCUCUAAGCCCAUCGACCUCAAGAUCUAUGGACCCAUCCGUCAACUGGUUCUAGGUUUGAAUCCGGAUGCGUAUCCAACUCAAGACGCAGUCAUGCGGAUUUUUGUAUCGACUAUAAAGGAGAAAACAUUCAUCCUACAAGUGAAGGGGUCCGAUACCAUUAAAAAAGUCAAGACCAUGAUCCAUGAUCAGGGUGGCUUACCGGUGGACCAGCUGAAUCUUAACUUUCUUGGCACCACGCUUGAAAACAGUCGCACCGUAGCUUACUACAACAUCAAGCCGGACUCCAAUCUUGUCAUUGUGCAGCGUGGUUGCAUCUGCUAAACGUGUCUCUUUGUUUUCCAAAAUGUUAUCAGUAUUGCUUUUGAUAUUUCCAAACACAAGUAGCUUUAAUGGCUUAAACAGUUUCAAUAUAUAAUCUUUUGCUGUUAAGAAAUCGGUUAAACAUUUUUAAUGGCUUUAUUUA